UUCCAUCCGCUUUUCAUGCAAAGACGAUAUUUUUUAUAUCAUCAUACGCAAUGUUUUAUUCGGAUGGUGAAAUAUUAAUUAUUUGAGGUAAAGCGACACGUAUAAGGUGGAGAAGUACUAUAUAUAGUAUGUUGAUAAACCGAAACAGAAAUUAUUAAUGCUCAGAUAGAGCGUUGUGUGAAGGUCAGUUUGAUUUUUACACACGGCGAGAUACAUUGUAAAUUGAAAAUACGUCGAGACAAAUUGAAAAUUGUGACAGGUGCAUAAAAUAUACCAAGAAGCAAAAAGGAAACAAGAAGCAAGAUAAAGAACAUGGGUCUAACAGCAUCAAUGAUACUAUCAAGUGCGUUUACGCAUUUGUUUGGAAAAAAACAAAUGCGAAUUUUGAUGGUUGGUUUGGAUGCGGCCGGUAAAACGACAAUCCUUUAUAAAUUGAAGUUGGGCGAAAUUGUGACGACCAUUCCAACGAUUGGUUUCAACGUUGAAACGGUUGAUUAUAAAAAUAUUUGCUUCACCGUUUGGGAUAUUGGUGGUCAAUAUAAAAUUCGACCAUUAUGGCGAUACUACUUUCAAAAUGCACAAGGGCUCAUCUUUGUUGUAGAUUCAAACGAUCCCGAUCGUAUUGCCGAAGCGAAAAAAGAGCUUAACGGCCUGCUCAAAGAGGAUGAACUACGUGAUGCUGCGGUUUUGGUAAUUGCAAAUAAACAAGAUCUACCGAAUGCCAUGAGCACUGCCGAACUGGUUGAAAAAUUGAAUCUAAAUCAAUUGUGGAAGCGAAAUUGGCAUGUCCAAGCCACAUGUGCAACACAGGGUAACGGUUUGUACGAAGGACUCGAUUGGCUAUCAAAUGAAUUGGCCAAAAUGUGACGUGGACUUGUAUUUACU